AUGAAGGGGGUUUCUCUCGUUUCAAUUUCCACCUUUGCUGCCCUUGCAGCCGCUCAUCCUCAGGGCCUUUGGUGGGGAACGGACACUUGCUAUCCCAGCCCAGAAAAUACGGACAACCAAUGUCUCGAGUCCCAAAAGACCGGCUUUGACUGGUCUGAGUUGGCAAAUGGCGACAACUGGACCUUUGAAGGCUUCAGGUUUACGGGAUUUUCUCCGAAAAAUGCCUGCAAUUCAUCUGGUGGAAAAUGCAUCAUGGGAAAACUGAACCGCGAUGAUGGGUACACACUUCAGAUGGACGCCGUCGACGCUCCCUUCUCCGUCCGAAAGUUCCACCUCUCGACGUCUAGGAAAACCGAUGUCCUCAUCACCUACGAGCUGGCCGAUGGGUCUUCUUGUCGCCAGAUAGCUUUCAGCACCCCCGAGGGACACGAUGUCAGCAAUGACCAGUGUGGUGGUGCUGUUUCGGUCAAGUUCAUGCUUCCUGAAGAGAGCAAGUUCGGCGAGUGUGAUUUCAACAUUCACGAGAUCAACUUUGACUGCUCUGGCGGACCCAAGUCUCCUCCCCAGCCUAAUCCGAGUUCGAGCGUGGCCACUAUCCCUCCUCAUCUGGCCACUCACUCGUCUACCAUUCUGGAGAUCCCGUCAACCCCCGUCCUUCACACUCCUCCGCCUACCAGUGAAAUCCAGCAGGUUACUCCUACUGUGGAAGGCCCCCCGCAUAGCGAAGUCCACGAAAGCACAUUCACCGUGUGGACAACCUCGACCAUUACCGUGACCAAAUGCCCGCCCAGUGCUACCUCCUGCCCGGCUCAUUCGAACGGCAUCGUCACAUCGACCCUCGUCGGGUCAACCACCGUGUACCCUUCGGGGCCUCACGAGGUCACAACAACUGCGCAACCCAUCAGCACCGUGACUCCUGCUCUCCCCAGCUCUCCCGUCGUCCCCCCUCCCCAGUGUCCCAAGUUGGUUCCUAAAUGCAUCAAUACAUGGCUCUCGAUCCCCAAAUGUGAUUCCAACGGCGACGCCGCCUGCUUCUGUCCCUCGUCGGAAUUUACGGGCAAGGUCCAGUCCUGCAUUCACGCCUGGGGCACUUCUGAGAAAGAGAAAGAAUCCGCACUCUCCUACUUCGCGGGCAUUUGCGCUCCGUACGUCCCGAAGAACCCUGCCAUCAUCGAUCUUGUCCCGAGUGGUACGUCUUCAAAUGGCCCGCCUGCCCAGACCAGAGUCGUGCCUUUUACGACUCUACCUGUCUCUGUCCAGACUACAACGAUCCCGCCGACUCCGGAGGUUCCUUUGACGACAAUUACCUGGUCCUCGCACACGUUCGGCUGGUACUUCUUCUACUUCCUGCUCGUCCAGCCAGACAACCUCCUCUACUCCAUGCCCGAGUCCAACAAGUCAGAGUACCUCUUUCACUACCGCCACAAUGACUACGACUUGCAAGACCCCCGGAUCCUCGUCGACGCAGUCGGGUCACACGUCAACUGA